UUUGUGAAAUGAUAGAUUUAGAUUCAGCAUUGCUUUAGAUAUGUGGUGGUUCAUAUUAUGUAUGUUUGAGGACUGACUACUCUGUUAAGGAUCUUUUUUUUUUUUUUUUUUUGAGUCUACAGAUAGGCCAAGGUGUGAAAAAUACACAUGCUUAUUGGUCUUUCAGUAACAUUCACGAAAAGAAAAGUAAAUACAAUGAUCAGUUCAUAAGGUGUUUUCCAAUUCUGGGAACUCCCCUAAAGGCAGUUCUCUUCUCUUCUGCAUUGAGGAAAUCCAGCGAUAGUUGUCUCCGCACUCAUGAGUGCAUUGUGAACAGGAACUGCUAAUGGGACUCUCAAAAUGAGCAUUCGGGGGCAGGAACAGGUGGAGAAGAAAUACGACCCACUUGAUACCACCCUGAAGUUUGUCAACAGGAAGGACGACCUGGAUCCACUGUUUUCAGAGGAGGAUGACAACAGUCUCAGAGCAGAGAUGUCCUGCGGCCACGCCGUCACUCCUGAUUCUCUGACACAGUGGUGUCGCAGCCAGCUGGAUGAGGGUCACUACAAAUUCAGAUGCCCUGCAGUGUUGGAGGGAACCAAGCAGUGCAACAAACUGUGGUCGUACCAAGAAGUGCGGAGACUGGCGGAUCUGUCUGUGGAGGAAAUGCAGCACUUUGAGGAGACCAUGGCCCGCCUGGCUGCUGCAGAGUACUGUGAAUUUCUGCCAUGCCCUCGGUGCGGAACGAGCGUGGAGAGGAAGGACUUCUCCAACCUGUGUGUAAAGUGCCCCAUAUGUACAGCUGACCAGAACAAGACCUACCAGUUCUGCUGGCAGUGUCAGAAAGAGUGGAAAGGUCCGGCCCCUCGAUUCGACCGCUGUGACAACGAAGGCUGCCUCAACAGAGACCUGCAGCUUCUGCAGACAUGUAAGACCAUCAGCCUGCCCGAGGUGGAGGGGGUCACCGACUGCCCCUCCGUCCGAACCUGUCCUACCUGCGGCAUGAAGGUGGAACAUAGUCGUCAGUACUGCAAAAAUAUCAAGUGCCCUCGCUGCCACGUGGAGUUCUGUUUUGUCUGCCUGAAACUAAAGCGUGAAUGUAGUAAGACCAGCUCCCCGUACAAAAUCUGUCCCAGCGGGGUGGCUCCCAGACAGACGUCUCUCCCUGUGUGGCAGAGAAAAUGAAAAACUUUGGCGUGUCUUUAAACGAUGCACAUUCAACAUUAGCUUUAUAAAGGUAUUGAAGGAACAGGAAAUAAAGAUUCAGUCAUUAUAUCUGCUCACCCACACGCCGAUGGAAAGUCGGGUGAACAGUGCAGAAAGAUAAACUCAUAGAACUGCUGCAUAGAGCUUGACCAGCGUAAUCCAAGUCCAGAAGCCCAGAGAUCCCAGAUCAAUUUGAGCUUGUUCACCCACGUCAGUAGAGUGCCUGCUAAGACUCAGAGACUUGGAUUUUGCUGUAUGGAACUGUAUUGUAUUCUUUUCUUUUCUGUUUUUUUUUUUUUGCCUUUGACAUUUAGAAGUCUGCGUCUACUUCAGUUGGUUAUGAGAAUACUGUACCACUAUUUAGCUGGGAGGCUCCAGAAAUGUUUUGAGGACUUAGUAACGUCACCUGACAUUCAUCAGCAUGACGCUGAGUAGAUGAUGAAUUCACUUUCAUCUGGGGGGGGGAAUGAAUAUAACAUUACCCCCGAGGCUCUUAAAAAAUCUACUGAUAUCAUCAGAAUGUGAGAAGCCUGAAUCUGCUUCCCAAAUUGAUCACGACUAGGAGGAUCCUGGAGAAGUUCUAAGGUUUUUUUUCAAAUACUUUCUAUUACUUUCUAUUACCAUACUUUCUGUUAAGUCAGAUGUCUUGCGGGAAGUUAAUUUAGAUUAAGUAUCUAGUCAGAAUCCUUGUCAUUACUCAUUAAAAUCACAGCUUUAUGUUGAGGGAAAAACUGUCAUUAGGUUCAAAAAAAUUAAUUAAUUAUCAUUAAACAUCUUAUGAUCAUAGUUAAAAGACAAACAAUUUUCCACAGCCUUUGAGCAAGCUGCUGCAUGUGUCUGUACACUUGAUUGGAAAUGUAUAUUUCCGACUAUGUGCUCCCAGGUUUUUGAUGUAAUUCACUGAAUUUAAUUAUGUAAUGCCGUGAAAAUUUAUUGAUCCUCUCAUUUAAAAUGAAACACUGAAAAAUCACACAAAUUAAUACGUACUUUUAUUGUGUCGCAUGAUGGUCAGUCACAUUCAUCUCAUCUGGUUUAACAAGUGGAAGACAAUGGGAAUCAUCGAGUGAAUAAAUAUGACUCAACAAAAUUG